AUGUGGCAGUUCAAGAGGUUGCAACUUUACAAGAUGUAUGUGCACGUGAUGAAGUAUUGCGGUAAGGAGACUGCCGACCAGGAAGCUGAAGAGAACGGCUGGCCAACACGACGUCCGGCGGCACCGCUUUACACGAGCCUAUUGUAUCUUCUUCCUCUGAGGAUACAGACGAAAGUGCUCGAUGAAGCGCAGAAACUGAAACGAUGGGACGGGAAGCAGAGAGCGGCAGUACAAGCCAUCAUCACUACAUACACGGACAUUUUGACCGGGACGCCUUGCGGCAACGUAUGGACGGACAUCCUGUCGAUGUGCGGGCUGCUGCCGCACGAACCGUUCCACACGAAACAGCAGUUUUUCAACGUCUUCGCACCAACAUCGUCUAAUGCACCGUCUAAAGCACCAAACGCGGUAGAAUUCAACAACCUCAUACGCUACCUCCUACCCUUUACCUUUUGGCGCACCAUCGACCAGCUCGACUUAAAGGGAGUAAAGCACGAAGAUCCAACGACCUUCAGGAUAGCGGAGGGAAGAUCCGAGCGGACUCUAUGGCUCAUCGAGAGCUUCGUUAGGCUCGCCAGGAUGAGCAAGGAAGAACUGGCGGUCGACGAGAAGGAUCUGCAGUCCGCCAUGGGCUUUUGCACGAGGGCUGAGCAGGAGUCAGGCUUUCCUGUUCUUGCCGAUUACACUGAGAAGCAGAAGGCGGCGAUGCAAACAAGGCCCAUGGAUCUGAGAAACGCCCGCAAUAUGUUCGUCGAAGCUGUACGCGCCGCGAAGCUCAAAGCCAUGGAACUUGAAGAAAAAGACACCAAUGAGGCUAAAUCUCUCCCAGGUUGGGCCGAAAUUGACGAGACAGACACACAAAGCGCAAGGUUCUCUCAGAAAAUGAUAACCUGGCUCAUGGAGACGGGCUUCGAGAAGCUGGCCCUGCUGGCGAUGACAGGGUCCGGUUCAGCCAACAGCGAAGCCCACGAUCAAGUGGACAUGGCCGACGUAGCCGACGACGAUGCAGCCGAGUUCAUCGAGGAAAUAGAAGAAGAGCAGGAGAAGAAAGAGGAGCAGGCCGAGAUUGCACCGUGCACUCAGGAAAAGAAGACGGGCAAGACCAAGAAGAAGACGAAGCAUCAGAUGUUUCUCGAUCGCGUGGCCAAGAUGAGCGACCGCGAUGUUUUUACGCCGCGAUGCAACAAGCUCCUGGAGCUUUAUGAUUAUAUCUUGGUAAAGCACCCAGACGAAAAGAUAAUCAUUUGGAGCCGGUUUUAUAAGGCGCUCAUCAUCAUCGCCGAAGCGUUCCGCCGACGUCACUCAGUCGAUAUCCCGGUAUAUUCCGGUGUCUUGAGCACAAAGGAGAGGGACGAUCUCUUGCACAGGUGGCAGACGGUCUCGCAUGCGACGACGCCCAUCGGCUUCCAGGCCAAGGCUGGUGGAACCGGGCUUACUAUCAACGAAGCGUCGCAGGUCAUCUUCGUCGAGCCAUGGUGGAACUCCCUCGAUGCACUGCAAGCGGAGCGACGCGCCGUUCGGAUCGGACAGGAAAAGCUUGUUCACGUCUGGGUGCUGACCUGUGCUAACAGCUUCUCGGACGCAAUUAUCAACACUGGUGCGCUGCGGAAGCUGAGGGUCAUAGACAAGAUCAUGGCUGCGCUACGAACGGCAAAGGGAGCCGAGGUGGAGAUUCCGCCGCACGUUCCGCAGUUUGGCAUGGUACCGUAUGUUCCCUACACGCGAUUCAAGGAAAUGGAUGCGGAAGCGAUGCGACAAGAAGAGGAGAAACAGGCGAGAGGAGCGACAGAAGAAGCCAAGGCUGAAGAGGGUGACGAGAGGCCUAUCAAGAGGCUCAGGCUCCCAGAGGGCGCAUACGCCGAAGAUCAUGGUGCGGUGGACCACGACGUCGAUAUGCAUGAAGUGCACGGUGCAUAA